AUGGAAGAUGCCAAUGAAGUCUCCACUCCGGCCGACAAUCAUACACACUUGUCUUCAACUGGGAAGGAAAGAACGAUACAUGAAGUGCCAUAUAGAGAAGCAGUCGGCAGCCUCAUAUUCGCUGCCAUCGUCACGAGACCAGAUAUUGCAUUUUCAGUGGGAGUUGUAAGCAGAUUCCUUGACAAAUAUGGCUAUCCCCACUGGAAUGCGGUUAAGAGAAUCAUGAGAUACCUAAAGAAGACCAUGGAUUGUGGGAUAUUAUAUGAGAGAAGUCAAGGAUCCGAAACCGUCCAAGGGUUUUCGGAUUCGGAUUUCGCCAGUGAUGUUGACACUCGGAAAUCGACAACAGGCUAUGUGUUCAUGUUGAGUAAUGGACCAGUCACUUGGAAUAGUCAACGCCAGUUGACUGUCUCCCUGUCAACCGAGGCAGAAUAUAUAGCGGCCUCAAGUGCGACCAAGGAAACCGUAUGGAUACGUCAACUGCUGCGUGAAGUGCAAGAAGCAGUCAAUAAACCAACAUCAAUUUUUGUUGACAACCAGAGUGAGAUCAGACUCAUCCGCAACCCUGAAUUUCACAAGCGCACAAAACAUGUGAAUGUGCAAUAUCAUUACAUUAGAGAGAAGUUUAUCAAUGGUGACAUAGAUGCACUAUAUGUACCAAGUGAGCAACAACUUGCGGACACCUUAACCAAACCCAUCGCAUGUAGUCAGUUUGAAAAAUUGAGAUUCAAUAGUGAUGAAGAUGUCGAUUUACUAUAUUUUCCUUUAAUGGAAUAUUUAACAAGCGGAACUAGAAGAUAUCGUAUUUAUGAGUAUAUAGAAAUUAUUGAUUUGUGGACUGAACAAGAAUUUAAAGAGCAUUUGCGGUUACCAAGACACUUAGUAUUACAUUUAAUCGAUGAAUUUGAACAGUCCGAACAUUUCCCAAAACACGCGUUUGGAACGAAGCCAAUUUCAGGGAAAAUUAACAUCCUACUUUUCUUGUGGUUUAUGUCAAACACUGAGCCUCUGCGUACAAUGUCUGACAGAUUCGAUAUCUUCAUCUCUUCUGUAUAUCGGAUUUUACGUAGAGUCGAAAAUUCGCUACUAACUAAAUUAGAAACUGCAAUUAGAUGGCCACAGGACAAUUAUAUCGCUGUAUGUGAAGGUUUUCGAGCUAAAAGAGGUAUUAACAGUAUAAUUGGGGCAAUUGAUGCAACAGCGAUAAGAAUAGAAAAACCGUCCAUCAAUGAAAAGGAUUAUUGUAACAGGAAGAAGUAUUUCUCUAUUACUUUGCAAGGAGUUGUUAAUGCAAGUAUGAGAUUCACUAAUAUUUACUGCGGUGAACCUGGUUCUCUGCAUGAUGCCCGUGUCUUAAGACGGCCGCCUUUAUAUCAAACAACAGUACAAAAUAAAGAAAUACUUUUUCUAGAGGAUACAUUUAUAAUUGGCGAUUCGGCAUAUGCCUCAUUAUCGUGGCUCGUUCUUCCGUUUCGAGAUAAUGGUCAUUUGACACCACAGCAAAAAGAGUUUAACUUUUUGCAUUCUUCCACAUGUAUGGUAGUCAAAUGUGCAUUUGGUUACUUAAAAGGACGUUUUCGCCGAAUAAAAUUUUUCAAUGAAUACCGACAAAUAUCUUUUAUCACAAAUACAAUUGUUUGUGCAUGCAUCCUGCAUAAUUAUUGCAUAGACGAAAAUGAUGCAUAUGAUUUUCCAGAAUACGGUGACAAUGAUCCAGUAAAUGUUAAUAAUAACAAACAAAAUGAAAAUAUUGAUUGGGGAAUACAAGUAGAUCGUAGAAUGCAACUUUUUAGAGAGUUGUUUCCCAAUUGA